AUGUCGGGCAGCGCGCAUGCCUCGAGCGAAGAGGACGGCGGCAGCUCGGGAGGCGGCGGUCGGCGGACGCGUCUGCGCCAUCGCAUCAGCUCGGCGGUCAAGGGCGUGUCCUUCUCAGACAAGAAUCGCGGGCCGGGCGAGGAGCACGGAGAUGACGGGCGGCAGACCGACUUCGAUGCGCUCGGGCGGCAGCUGCUGGGCAGCGGCGCGGACGGCCAGCCGGCUCCGCAGGCGCACCACCACCACCACCAUCACCACCAUCACCCGCGCAGCUCGGGCAUGGUCGGAGGUGCCGAGGCACCACGCAAGCUGGGCACGUGGGACGGCGUCUUCAUGCCCGUCAGCCUGAAUAUCCUGGGCAUCAUUCUGUUCCUCCGCUUUGGCUUCAUUCUGGGCCAGGCGGGACUGCUCGGCGCCCUCCUGCUCCUGCUGCUCUCAUAUGGCGUCGACGCACUCACCGCCAUGUCCGUCUCGGCGAUCAGCACCAACGGGCAGGUGCGUGGCGGCGGCGCCUACUACCUCAUCUCGCGCUCCCUCGGGCCCGAGUUCGGCGGCUCGAUCGGCCUCGUCUUCUUCCUCGGCCAGGCACUCAACGCCGCCAUGAACGUGCUCGGCUUCGUCGAGUCGCUCACCGAUGCGUUCGGCGAUUCGCGCGGCGCCUCUGGCUUCCUGCCCGAGGGCCCGUGGUGGAACUUCGGCUACGGCAGCCUGGUGCUCGUGGUGAGCACGCUUGUGUGCCUGACGGGCUCUGCACUCUUCGCGCGCGCCACGCUCGUCCUCGCCGUCGUGCUGGCGGUAUCGAUCGUGAGCAUCCCAGUCUCGAGCAUUAUCGUCAAGCCCUUCAUCGACGAGGAGCGCGGCGCGUACUACACGGGCUGGGCCCUCAGUACGCUGCGCGACAACCUGAUGCCGCACUUCACUAGCGGCGCCGCCGGCAGCAGCACGGGCGGCAGCAAAGAGUCCUGGCAGACGGUGUUUGGCGUCCUGUUUCCGGCCGUGACGGGCAUCCUCGCAGGCGCCAGCAUGAGCGGCGACCUGCGCAAACCGAGCAAGAGCAUUCCCAAGGGCACAAACUGGUCGCUGGUGUUCACCUUCGUCGUCUACGUGCUCUGCUUCGUCGUCUUCGCCGGCACGAUCCAGCGCGAGUCCUUCUACCUCGACGUGGGCAUCGUCUCGGACGUGGCGGCAAGCCCGCAGAUCAUCACGUUCGGCGCGCUGGCGUCGACGGCCUUCUCGGCGCUCAUGGGUGUGAUGGCGUGUGGCAAGGUGCUGCAAGCUAUUGCACGCGACAACCUCCUGCCGGCGCUGGACUUCUUCGCGCAGGGCACGGAGCACAGCGACACGCCGACGUACGCCGUGGUGGCCACAUACCUGCUCUGCCAGGCCGUGCUCUUCGUCGAUUCGGUAAACACGAUCGCCCAGCUCGUGACGAUGACCUCGCUGCUCACCUUCGGCACGCUGAGCUUCGCCACGCUGGCUCUCAAGGCCGGCGGCGCUCCCUCGUUCCGCCCGUCGUUCCGCUACUGGAACAUCUGGACGGCCGGCGGCGGCACGAUUGCCUCGUUUGGCGCCAUGUUCUUCACGGACCCUCUCGCAGCAAGCGCAUGUAUCGUCUUUGCCAUCUUUCUCUUCACGGCCAUCCACGUCUUCUGCCCGCCGAAGCCGUGGGGCGACGUGACGCGCAACCUCAACUACCACAUCGUGCGCAAGUACCUGUUGCGCCUCGACGAGCGCAAGGGCCACGUCAAGUACUGGCGCCCGCAGAUCCUGCUGCUGGUCAACAAUGCGCGCACCGACUGGAACCUCAUCAUCUUCUGCAACUCCCUCAAGAAGGGCGCGCUGUACGUGCUCGGCCACGUGCUCAAGGGCGAGUUCUCCGAGUGCCUCGGCGAGCUGCGCAAGCAGCAGAUUGCGUGGCUUAAGCUCGUCGACAUCUCCGGCAUCAAGUCGUUUGUCGACGUCAUCAUCGCGCGCGACGAGCGCGAGGGGGCACGCAACCUCAUCCUCUCGUGUGGUCUCGGCGGCAUGCGUCCCAACGUUGUCGUGAUGGGCUUCCCGGCAGAGAUGCGCCACACCACGAUGGCCGCGCGCGCUCGCAAGAUUUCCGAGACGCCCAGCCAUCGCAGCGACGGCAGCGAUAUCACCGUCAAGGGCGAUGAUCGGCGCGGCGCCGCGGCACACCGAGUCGUCGAUGUGCGGACGCUGCCGACUGACUCGGCGCGCCGCGAGACACCUAUCCUUGCGACGACCUACGUCGGCAUCAUGGAAGACACGCUCGCGCUCAACAAGGCCUUAGCCAUCGCAUACGGCUUCGAGUCGCUCAGCCUCCUCGCGCCGCCGGCCAGCAGCGAUAAGAGCGAGCGCUACAUCGACCUCUGGCCCAUCCAGAUUCAGAGCCCGGACCAGGAUCCAAGCCACGCGUGGGACACAUACACGAUGGUCCUGCAGCUCGGCACGAUUCUGAGCAUGACGGGCACGUGGAAGGCGCACAAGCUGCGUGUGUCGGUGUUUGUCGAGCUCGAGAGUGAUGUCGAAGAUGAGCGCAACCGUGUGCGCUCGCUGCUCGACAAUCUCCGCGUGCCGGCUACGCUUCGCGUCUUCCAUCUUGCGUCCGGCGCGGUGACCAGCUACCAGUCCAUCGUCUGGGGCAAGGGCGCCACCUCGCCGACCGUCGAGAUGGCCCUCGGCGGCGACCCCUGGUGGGAAGCCCUGAAGCAGCUCCGGCGCGAGGACGAGCGGCGCGCCAAGGCGGCGGCGAAGCGUCAGUCGCAGCCCUCGGCGCAAGCUGUGCCCGGCACACCUAAGAGCGCAGCAGAAGGCGCGCGCAAGCAAAGCAAGCGCGAGCAGAAGAUGCUGGGCGUCAGCCUGCCGGCUGAGCAUCUGGCGUUCUUCAAGCGCAACAUGCGCAUUGGUCUUGCUCAUCCGCGCGCAAAGCUGCGCCGCGAGGGCAUCGAUAGCGAGGCGGAAGAGUCCGACUACAGCUCGAGCGACAGCGACAGCUCGGGCCUCAGCGACGAGCUUGCCCGGCUGGGCUUCGAGGACGACGACUGGAUCGGCGGCACGUCGCCCGGCGCGGCUCUGCGUCGCACGCAGACGUUCUCAUCGUCGCCGAGCAGCGGGCGCGGUGCCAGCGGACGCUCGCGCAGACCGGCGCGUCGCUACUCUGCCGGCGCCGGCCUGCCUGACGAACCGAGCAAGCGUCCGUUGCUUGGUUCCCGCCAGUCGAGCGUGGACGACACCUACGGCUCGCUCAGCGCAACGCCGCGCGCAAGCGCAUUCAUGAGCCCCAAAGGGCCGGGAACCAGCAGCGCCUCCGGCGUCGCGUUCCCAUCGGGCGCAGGCACCCAGACGCAGCGCUCCACCAUCGCAGAGGAGGAGCCGAACGCCGAGACGGACAACGACGGCACUCUGCGCGCCUCGGCUCGCAUGCGUGCCCAGGCGUCGCUGCUCGCCAGCCAGCGCAGCGAAGACGGCGCUAGCAGUGCGGCCAGCAGCAUCGUGAGCGACUCGGAGGACGAGGGGGCCAGCAGCGACGCACAGCCGUCCGCAUCGCGACACGGACGUUCACUCUCCGAGGAGCUGCUGGCACGCCCUCCGCGGCUGCAGCGGCGCCGCUCGGCCAAGCGCAUGCUCAAGGCCGCUCGUCCGGCCUCUGAUGCACCUCUCGUCUCGUUCAACUCGCUGCCGAACAAGGCGCAGUACCUCAUUUUGAACGAGCUCAUCCGCAUCAACUCGUCCCCUUCGACCUCCGUCGUGCUCACUGCACUGCCGGCGCCGGAGCCUGGCACUUCGCUCGACCACGUCAGCGCGCUGCGCUACAUUCAGCAGCUCGAGAGCCUCUUCGCCGACGGCCCGCCAAUGCUCGGUGUCCACGCCAAGCAGCUGACCAUGACCUCGGCUCUCUGACCACCCUCACGCGCGACGCUGCACAAGCGUUGCUGCACUCCGAUCACUCACUUGUCACCUGCACGCACAUUUCGCUAAUAUUCCAGACAUACAUUCGAUGCGCU